AUGGUGCUCGGCGGCGCAGUCAAGGUCGUCAGGAGCGAAAGCCUCAAGACCAGCGGGCCGCAGACAGAAGGCAUGAUCCGGAUGAACGGCAUCUCAGACAUGUCCGACCAGAUAUGCGGCACAAGUGCGUAUUCCCUCCUCCUCUCCCACAACCACCCCUCCCACUCCCACUCCCACUCCCCACUCCCGCCCAACACCACACCCAUCCAAUCCGCUAACAUCACCAACCACAUAGUCAUGAUCGCCAAACCCCACACCUCCUCCGCCGUCCACCACCACGGCGCCGAAGCUGUGUUGUGCGCCCCCUCCUUUUUCUUUUUCUUUCUCUUCCCUUUUGCUCCUCCGUCCCCUCCCCUCCUCUCCCCUCCCCUCCCCAUCCCUCCCAGCACAAACCAACACCAACGCCACCCACUCACACCAUCCACCCACUCACCCACAGACACACUCAUCUACGCCGUCUCCGGCCACGGCGGCGCCAUCCUCUCCGACAACGGCCGCACCCGGCACGCCCUCGCCCCGGGAGACUUCGCCCUCGUCCCGGCGUUUGCCCAGCACCAGGAAAUCAACGACGGCGGCGACGAUGUCGUCGUUUGGGUCAUUGCGCGGGGAGGGCGCGAGCCGGUGGUGGUGAAUUUGGAUGGGGGGUGGGGGCAGGAGUUGAGGCGGAAGAGCGAUGGGGAUGGCGGUGGCGGCGGCGCGAGUCAUAGAAAGGAUAGCGGUGCUGGGAGCGAGGGGGGUGGGGGUGGGGGUGGAGGUUGUGAUGGGGGGAGGGAGGAUGUGGGGAGGAGGCGGUUGUAG